UGUAACACAUGGCGCAGCCUUGAAAACAGUCCUGACAAUGAUGUAAAUUUAUGAUAACUUAUUAUUUGUUUAUUCAAAUAAUCGCAGUUGGGGGAGCGCAGAGGGAGUUAGCUGUUAGCAUUAGCUGGCUAGCUUGGGGAGCGUGUACACACGGGACAGACAGACAGACAGACAGACUGACCGAGCCUCACAGCACAGACAUGAGCAGCUGCAGGGGAAACACCAGGUAAACAACAACAGCCCGGGUCGGACUAUUUCCUGGUCCAAAACCGAACAGCUCCUCUGAAGCCAGGGAUUGAAAAGAAGUGAAGAUGAGCGGCCACAGGAUUCUGUGGUCCGGGCUGAAGCCGUGGACAUCCGGAAGGAGCCGGUGGUUGAGUCCGCUUCGUGGUGUUGUAAGUGGGCGUGGACCAGCAUCUUUUUACUCCAGCAGCCCGAAGGUGUGUAUCGUAGGAGGUGGUCCAGCGGGUUUCUACACAGCACAGCAUUUGAUCAAGGCUCGUCAAGAUAUUGAGGUGGACGUUUAUGAGCGUCUGCCCGUCCCCUUCGGCCUGGUCCGGUUCGGAGUGGCCCCCGAUCAUCCUGAAGUCAAGAACGUCAUCAACACAUUCACGCAGACGGCCAAUCAUUCACGCUGUAGCUUCUAUGGUAACGUCAAUGUGGGGACGGAUGUGAGUGUUAAGGAGCUGCAGGAAGCCUACCAUGCGGUCAUACUGAGUUAUGGGGCCGAGGGAAACAGGAGUCUGGGGGUCCCAGGAGAGGACUUGGCUGGCGUGCACUCUGCCAAAGACUUUGUGGGCUGGUACAACGGGGUGCCCAGCCUUCGACAGCUGAGUCCAGACCUGAGCUGUGAAACGGCUGUGAUUCUGGGUCAAGGUAACGUGGCUCUGGAUGUGGCGAGGGUCCUUCUCUCGCCCAUUGACAUUUUAAAGAAGACUGACAUCACCCAGCCCGCCCUGGAGGCCCUGGCAGAGAGCCACAUCCGCAGGGUGCUGAUUGUUGGCAGAAGAGGACCAGUACAAGUCGCUUGCACAAUCAAGGAGCUUAGAGAAAUGGUGAACCUGCCGGGCACAAGACCUGAGAUGGUGUUGGCUGAUUUCGAGGGCAUCACAGAGGCUCCUAAAGAUCUGCCGAGGCCCAGGAAGCGUCUGACGGAGCUGAUGUUGAAGACGGCCCUGGAGACCCCCGGGGAGAAGGAGCAGCAGAGACGAAAGGAGGCCUCCCGCACGUGGGCGUUUCGAUUCUUCCGGAGCCCUGUGGAGGUCCUGGCCGACCCCCAGCGCAACAGAACAGCUGGCAUCCGACUGGCGGUCAACAGGCUGGAGGGUUCAGGAGAAAGGGCCCGUGCAGUGCUCACUGGAGAAGUGGAGGAUGUGAGCUGCGGUCUGGUCAUCAACAGCAUCGGCUACAAAAGUCUUCCCAUCGAUCCAUCAGUGCCGUUUGACUCCCACAAAGCCAUCGUCCCGAACACCAUGGGCCGCGUCCAAGAGGCUACAGGUUUAUAUUGUAGUGGCUGGCUGAAAACCGGCCCCACUGGUGUGAUAGGCACGACUAUGAACAACAGUUUUGACACAGCUCGAUCGCUGGUGGAGGACAUGGAGUCAGGAACGCUGGAUGUGUCGGCUGCCAAGUCUGGUUCCCAAACCAUCAGUGCUCUGCUGGAAGACAGAGGAGUGAAACCAGUGACUUUCUCAGCCUGGGAGAAGAUCAACACUGUGGAGAUGAGGAGAGGUGAAGCUGUGGGAAAACCCAGAGAGAAACUUCUGACUGUGGAGGAAAUGCUGGAGGUGGCUCGAGCAUAACAGUGGUUUUUCAGGUCAACACUGGACACAACAGCAGGGGACCUUCGUGGGCACAGAAGACAAAUGGCAUUAUGAAGUACCCAACAUGGACUGAAGAUGGUGCACAAUGAAAAGUUGCUACUUUACCUCAGUCUCCUCAAACACUCAGCUGAUGUUUCCAAAAAAAGGAAAUCCAAUGUAUGAUAAUGAACUCUUGCACUGUAAUUUACUACAUGUUAUAGUGAAAUAUAUAUAAUAUCUAAGAAAUUUUUGCACACUGCAAUCAGUCAUAACUUUUACAAGAAAAUAAAAGUUGAUAUUUGUA